AUGGCUUCUUCCUCCAAUGCAGUAACUGUGACCCAGGUGAACCCGAAGUGCUUGAAUUACAAGCAAGGCAUGACAAAUACGGAGUGGACUGAAAGUGAGGAUUCAAUCCUUGAAGAAGGGCUUGUAAGGUACGCUUCUUUGCCCAAGUUAAAGCAAUAUGCAAGGAUUCAAGAGCUAUUACCAAGGAAGACAAUACGAGAUGUGGCUUUCCGAUGCCAAUCGAAGAAUAAGAUGAAGAAGGCCAUUGUUUUUGCUUCAACAAUAAGCUGGCCCAAAAGUCUUGUGACUAAGGCUGAUCAGGAUGAGCUCUUGUGUAACAAAAUUGGUGGUCUUGCUGGAAAGCUUUUGGAGGAAAACAUGAAGGGCUUCAUGCAGAUCUCCAAAAAUAUGGAGCAUAGUAAAAUCCAAGAAAACAUCAAAAUAUUUGCAAAAAUUCGUGACAACAUUCUCAUUGUGUCCAACAAAUUGAGUGUCAUGCCAGAAGGAAUAAGAAAUAUGCCAUCUCUUACUGAGAAGAUGAACGAAGAGCUUGUGAAUGUCAUCCUUCCCCGCUGCAACUUUUGGAUUGAAGUGUGA